AAAAUAGAGUUCAGAACUACUUGCAGCGCGCAGCAGACGCACGAGACUGAGCCUUGGCGAGGAAGUGCACUUAAAACCGACCGAGACAAAAGACACACUCCAAAACAAUCCUCUGGACAUUUCACAAACAGGAUCCUAUAUGACAACUACUCCAAAGGAAGCAAAAUCAUCGAGAGUUUUAGAGGCAUCGAUUGUCUGAGAUUGGAAUUGUACUACUUUUUUUCUUUAAUAACUUUUUUUUUUUUUUUUUUUUUUAAAUCUCUGGAUAUUUGUAAAUUGACCCUUCGUUUUGUUGUCGUCUUCAUCGUUAACACAAUGCGCUAACGCGUUUAUGCCUACGCGGAUAUGUCUGACACGUCCAGAGAGCAAACGCUGGCCAAUGACCCGGCCUCGCGGGGAAUCGGAGAGAGCACCGGUGGCGAGCACUUUGACUUCCCUCAGCCGAGCGAUGGGGACCCGUUAAGGGGAGGGAUUUCCAUGUCGAAUAGUCACCAAUCGAGGUCACCGAUGUACAGAACCUUCUCCAGGUCCUCUAGUGGCUAUUUUUCCGUCGACAGCGAUUCUGUGCCAGGUUCUCCUCUAAUGCCUAAUAUUUCCGAAGCGCAAGAUGACCAAAAUGAUGAGGUAUGGUUCCCCGAACAUAGCCCCCAGCGCGCGCAGAUGGCAGCACCUGUUGGAGCCAUGCGGCCAGAGAUGACGGUCGCUCAGGAGCUGCGGCGCAUUGGAGACGAGUUCAACCGCCUGUACUGUCAAGGGGCUGGUCCAGGCGGGAACAACGUGGCCCAGCUGCACGCUCCCAACGAACAUGUCAUCGUCAUGUGGAUGAACGACCUGAUCGGACGUCUAGUACAGUUUUUCCUGCGAAGAAGAUGAUUGACACAUUGAAUGCCCAGCAGACAUAUAGCAAACAUGUAGCAUCAUACAACCCCCCCCCUCUCCUGACUGUAUAUAUGUACAUAAUAAGGGAUAACAGCAGUGCUGCUCUUCCGCAACCUCUCCGGGUUUGGGCGUACAGUUUUGGACCUGUCGGGAUGUGUGCAGAUCUGGACGGAUAUAUUAAUUGGGAACCCUCGGCCAUCCAUAUACUGACUCACAGCAGAGUUUCCUGCGUUCACAUGGAAAGCUGAGCCAUUACAUGCUGUGUUGACAAGAC